AAAUGGCGACUGUUGCGGAGCUCAAAGCAGUUUUAAAGGAUACACUGGAAAAAAGAGGCGUAUUGGGCCACUUAAGAGCAAAGAUCCGAGCUGAAGUUUUUAAUGCACUAGAUGAUCAAGGUGAAAAACCUCCACCACUGUCUCAUGAAAACCUACUAAUGAAUGAAUUAAUUCGGGAGUAUUUGGAAUUCAACAAAUAUAAGUAUUCAGCAUCUGUCCUUACAGCUGAAUCUGGUCAACCGGCAGUGCCAUUGGAAAGACAAUUUCUCAUUAAGGAAUUAAAUAUAUUUGAAGAUUCGAAUGCAAAAACAAUAUGGCAUCCAAACCACUUUCAUGAAAGGAUCUUCACUCCAGCCUCCAAGAUGAAAUUUUGA